AUGAAGUGGAAAAGCUUCGUGCUGGGCGGAGUUCUAGCAAGUUCAAAUGCAGAAAAUCAUGAAAGUCCGCUGAAAAUAUGCGACACGAGAGACGACCUGAUUGCAUUGGACAGUAAUGGCGAUUCCUGCAGAUUCAGAAUCAGGCCUGAAUCGAGGGACGACUUGCAGAGAAUCAGAUUACGACUUUUCGAAACCUCAUCUUAUGGUUCCUGCGAUUCCCUGGACAAAAUCUACCUCCAAACCGACUCCACCCGCUAUGGCCCCUACUGCGUUGGUCCUGCAGAUCGACCAAAACGAAGAAAAAGAAGAUCUGUAGACAACAAUCUCAUUCUCAGCUCUUAUUCCCCCAACUACGCGCCAGAUGAAGCAUCGGAUGUGAUGCAAGCGGCGAAAGAAGACGUGGUAAGCGCGAUGGCCCAGCAACUGAUCGCGGAAAACACGGAGCUAGAAUUGAGCGAAGAAGAAAUGGAAGAAGUCGAUGGAAUCUUCGCGAGCGACGCGAUGGAUGUUAUUUACGUCACAGCUCCUGGCGGGUACAAAUUUCGCUUCAAAUUCAACUUCGAAUGGGAAUUGAUCGAAAUGCCAGGAAAUGGGACCUUCACAGAAGUGGAUGGAAUCUACUACCCGGGACAGUCGGCCACUCACGAUGUCUGGGGCAUUCCUUUACAAUUCGACGCGGUUUGCGAUGUUAGCCAGUUUAGACCGCAGUCUGAAGCCAUUUUCAAUGACCAAGUGGAGAAUGCGCAAGAUUCCGACUACGCAUCUAAAUUCUUCACCAUGCUCGUCAAAUCAAUCGAAGCCUUCAACAACAAAUUCGACGACUACGGCGAGUACUGCAGUCCGGGAAGCGUUCAAGUUCCUUGCGAGUUUUUGCGAUACGGACAGGGAGAAGGAAUCGAAGACGUCGUUGGUAAAUUGAGGACGCUGAUUGACCAUAUUGUCGGCGGAUGUGUUGAUGGAUUCGGACACCAAUGGAUUCAAACUGUCGAUGCUCUUGUAAUUUCUCUGGGCCUCCACGUGCCCGACUUCAUUAUUCCUGAGAUCCCGGUCUACACGACGACCACUACUACCACAGCAGCAACAAAGACAGGAACCAAGCCUCCGAAGACAACUACAACUCCCGAGUCGCUGCAGCCGAGCCCUACUUCUCCAACAACUCAAGUGAUGGAAACCACUAAAGAGUCGGAAACUGUCCCAUCUGUUACAGAUGAUUUUGUCGAGCCAACUGUUGUUCCAACUAUCGAUGCAACGACAGAAGAGGAUACAACAACAUUGACGACGACUGUUGCAUUCGAAACAACAACAUUUCCAGAGUGGAAAAUGACAACUAGAACAACAGCAAUGGAAUCAACAACAGCCGCGACGACGCCAGCACUAACAACAACUACUGCAACAACAACGACAACGACAACGACUACGACAACGACAACAACAACAAUGGAACCAACAACUACUGCAACAACAACAAUGGAACCAACAACUACUGCAACAACAACAGCAUCAACGACAACAGCAGAAAGCCUGGAAGAAGUGACAGAAGUAAUGGUCGACCCAGUCAAACUCGCAAACUUCCCAAAACGAUGCCCACCCAGUUGGAAGAGGCUCCCUCCAAAACCACUCAACGACUUCCACGAUGAUGGACUCCACGGUGCACAAAAAGACUUGUGCGAUCUCAAGUAUCUUGGCGCCUGCUCGGUUGGCCGAUUUGACCGAAUGAUUUCAACUCACUGUCAACGUGUUCCAUUGAUCCAGAAUUUUGCGAACUUGGCGAACGAAUUCGUCCGCCUGUCGCUCCACGGCGAUGGCGAUAGAAGCUGUUUAUACCGUGUCAACGCUGUGCGCUGCGACCUGCUGGAUUUUACGACUGCGCGAAACCCACAAGCAUUCAUCGCCAAAUUCCAAGUUUUGGCCAACGAAGUUUUCUUCCAAUGCGGCAAACCAGCUUAUCGAGAACGCCAUCUGCACAUAAUCGAAGACCUUCUUACCCUCGCUUCGGAUUCCUGCACAACCGAGCCGCCAACAACAACCACUACCACAACGACAACGACAACGACAACUACUGCCACGACAACAGCGUCAACAACGACAACCGACCCAUGGGAAGACUACGAGUUCACCUCCACAACGGGCACAACAACGUCGCAAACAACAACUACAUCGACGGAAGAAGAAACGACUGUUGUAUUCGAAGCAACGUCGUUUCCAGAGUGGAAAUUUCAGGAAGAAGAGCAGAAGCUCCAGCUGGUCUUGGGAAUGGGACAUGAGCGGGACAACAUGGGCUCGACAACAGCUCCAACAACUGAAUAUAGAACUACUUCAGGCACUACCGAAGCGGCAACUACUCAUCUUGAAACUACAAGUUCAACUACCACGACAACAACAACCACGACAACGACGACAACGACAGAAGUGACGACGCAAAAGUUCGUGUUUGACUUGAGACGAGAGCAAAUGCCGGACUAUAGAAAGAUCUUCGUGGGAGGAGGAGAAUGCGCCACAAGCGCGUAUGGCUACCAAGCGACAGCGAUCUUCCACGCUCGAUCCUACAACGUUCUUGACAUGGAAACUGCCCGAGGCGCGUUUGCCGUUUUAGCCGCUCAAAUCGGACAUCUUGGUCAGCAACUGGAACGAGGCCAACCCGCGUGCGACUUGAAAAAAGCGGGGCGAGUGCCUUGUGAACUUUUAGAUUUGGCAAAAGACGAAGAGGGUUGCCAGGUUGCCCAGAGAUUGGUCCGAGUGUUGGUUUUUAUUUCUGAGAGUUGUAACGAUGCUUGGCUUGAAAAAUACUCAGCUUACGUGCACGAGCUCGAAUACGCAUCCCAACCGGCGGACGGCAGCGAAUGCCCUCUUCUUGGAGACCUACUUGAGCGCCACGAAAUCAGAGACAUGAACCAGCAACAUGAGGAGGAGUUUGACAGAUCUAUCCAGGAGACGCUGAGGGAAGCGAAGAGGAUAGGAAACGAGCAACGAAACAAGUACAGGUCGAUUCUUUCCCAACAACGCGAAGCUAUUCGAAAACAAAAAGCAACAGCGAAACAAAUGCGCGAACAAAAGUCAAAAGACCGAAGAAAACUGCGAUUCGAAGCUCGAGUCCGAUCACGACUUGAAAAACGACGCGAAGCUGCUGAAAGAAGAUUAGAAGAAGCGAAGAUGCUGGUCGAUCGGGAAAUGCAGGAGCUUCAGCGGGUUGAAAUGGCCGUUGAAAAUUCUGAAACUGGCGCAGAUGUCACGAUGCUUUUUGAUACAAGUGAAGACAUUUUCAUCGAAGAACCGGAAGAAUCAGAAGAUUACGAGCUCAACGAAGAAUUCACGCGCGAAAUUCAAAAUCUCUUCUUCGGCGAGACCCUCUCCCAAUCCUCCAUCUCUAUAUGCCCUCUUCCGGGCAUCGAGCGCGCUGAGGAGUUAACUAGCCAUGCGCUGCAGAAAAUCGCGUUUUUGAAAAAGUUUAAUGAUUUGCAUAGGAUUAGGCUUUUGGGAAGGGUUGAGAGUCGAUUCGAGGGAUUAUUGAAAUAUGUCUUCUCCUCGAAUUUACAGUGCGAGGAGAUUAAAGUCGACUGUAACUCACUUUCUGCAAUCUUUGGCCGAGGAAAUGUAGACGACAUCGACGAACUGCUUGAAUACGCCACGGAACUCGUAGCGGACAUCGAGCAAUCUUGCCCAAGCUUUUCAUUUAGCGAAUUUUACGUCACCAUAGAUGGACGAGUCGAUAAAUUUUUCUAA